AUGCUGCAACCGAAAACUGGCAUUCAUUUCCGUGGCCUACGCGCGACAAAAUCAAGCCUGAUAAAGUCACUUUCAAACGUUGUUCUAAGAUGGCUUCUCACUGUCGCUAUUGCAAUGGCGAUCGUAGUUGUGCUCAACUUCUAUUCUGCAUCCUUGCCAAUUAUAUCGUCAUCCACGAAGCACCAGUUCAAUGCUUUGAUUACCGGUCUCUCGAUCGCUCUGGGCCUUUCAAUAGCUAUGAGCUUUAGUCUUAUGAUAGCGAACCUGAGAUGGUGGAUUCUUAGUCGCCGUUAUCACUCUUUUCGUAAGAUUGAUUUAAUUCUCCAAGCCGACAGUCUCUGGCACGUCAUUGUGCUUGCGUUCAAGACACGUCGUACAGCUGUCCACUUAACUGCUUUGUUCUGGCUAACGUUCAUGCUCGGAAUCCAAGCAUGUCUUGCUACAAUAGGUCUAUGUUAUUCUGUCAACGUAGCAGACAAAUCAGCGCUUCUCACUAACCCAGGCAACGUAUCUAUACCGGAUAUGUCUAGCAUACAAACUUUGAAAACAGUAAAGUCGACUUCAAAUUCGACUUCAACAGAUGCGGUAUACUUUACCGCAAACAGCUAUGGCCAGACGUCUCUCAUAUACGGGACCGGAACUCCAGAUGAUCUUCCACAAGAAGGUCAACUAUGGUCUCCUUCAAACCCCCUAGUAUACUGUGGCGUUGACCAGUGCGAAUACUUUUUCCAUGAAAAGAACGCUCCAGCCCCAUCAGUUGAAAAAGACGAUGUAAUCAGCCUCACCGUAAUUACAUCUCGCCGACUAAACUCCACCGGCACCUGCAAAAGCUGGACUGUCAUCGAAGGCGGCGACGGCACAAAAGACAAUAUUACCAUAGCCACCAAUCCCGGACGGAAGAACAUUUCUAUUCCAAUACAUGGAGGAGUUGAUCAAACGACGUUCAUGACCAACGUGUCCGAAAGUUGUGGGCCCGGCUGCCGAACUGUAUUUGCCUUCGAGGCGGCCAACGCAUCAUCCUGGUACUACGAAUGCAACAUCACCGUCGGCACUGUCGUGGGUGCGACGCGCCCCGAACACGAAGUCGGCGAUGAUGUAAGGAGUGCCGCAGCCGCCGCUAUAGCCUUGCAAGGUUUCGAAGUGUCGUCAUUGGUGAAUGAUAGAAUGAUCCAGUACCACACGUAUCCUGCCGAAACAAUCUUCGGAUCUCCUUGUGUAGGCACUACGAGUCUUAUGGAAAUGCUCAUGGCGUAUUUUGCCAUAGGUGUCGUAGCUGUGACUGCGGAAAAUAACGACGAGCUGGUAAUAGAGGGUAUUGCUCCAAAAAGAGGCAGUACGCUUAACGUGGACCAUUGGGACUAUAUCGGCGUAAUUCUGGGGAUGUUGACCAUGGCACAAUUAACGCUCGAAGUUGCCGCAGUCAUAGUCGCGCGCAACGUUGUGGUUCCGACUGGAGGUCCCAUGGCGGUGGCGCAGGUCUUAAGGCCUAUUGCAUUUCAGGUUGCUCCUGAGAUGAGUGAUAUGAGACGUACGAGUGCACUGGAGGAUACAGUGAGCAGUCGGUGGAUCUAUAGAAGUGAACCGGUCGCGUCACAUAUGGGCACGUAUGAUCUAUACAUGGAGCAAGCGGGUUGA